AUGGCUCAGGAACCUCUAUCACCAUGGUCUAGAUGGGAUCCAGAAGGUUAUCAAUUUAUUCCUAGUAUUACAACAACAACAAUUCAAUCUAUAUUUAAUAGACAAUAUGAUGCACCAUCAUCUGGUGGUGUUGCUGGAUCAGUUUAUACAACAGUUGUCCAACCAAUUCAAGGAACAUUACAAAGCCAAAGACUUAGUCCAAAUCAAACAAAUAUUGUAAAUUGUUAUUAUGGUUUUGAUAAUACUUUAGAAAGACAAGUUAUAUCUUGUUAUAAAGAUUUAGGAUGUUGUAGUAAAGGAUGUUGUGAAGAUGCUUCAUGGAAUGUUAAAUAUGGUUUCAGUGUUGCUUUAAUUGUAAUAUUUGCAGUAAUUGUUUUAGCUGCAUUUAUCAUUUGGUUUGCUAUUUGGUUAAUAAAUCGUUCCAAAGAUAAAAAAAUGCGAGAAGAAGUUGAAUAUCAUAGUGAUCAAAUAAAUAAUCCACAAAAUAUUAAUCAAAUGCAUAUGUCAUCUCCUUAUAAUUCGCAAAAUUUUGUAUCACCUGUCCUUAAUCAACCAUAUUAUGAUCAACAACCAGAUAUGGUUAAUAAUCCAUCUUAUCAUUAUGAUAAUAUGGGUGAACACAAAUAUUAUGAAUACUAA